AUGUUCAACGAAUUUGAAUUUACAUUGAUAAAUUUGUUGAAUGUAAAAGAGUUUUUGGAAUUCCUGUAAGAAUCUGGAUUGGACAUAAAAAUUCAUAAGAAUAGAAUGGAGAACUUGAAAAUGUGGAAUGUUUCAUAAUAAUCAAAAUGA